UUAAUACUGGAUUUUAAUACUCGUGGAAAUGCGACAAGAAUGUAAAAGUGGCGAAAUUUGAGCAAAAACUUCAUUCAGGAUUUGAAGAUGCUCUAACUUCUUAGCUCUUCUCCGUGUUAUCUCGGUGAAGCAAUGUUGUCUGCAAGGCUUUUUCGUUUUCCUUCUCAACACUUUCUCCCCCGAAAAAUGCCUGGUCCGUCCUGUCGCCCUCUCCUCGUCUCUGCAUGCUCACCUGUUGAGCCCAAACCAAAGCCAUGGCUCCUUGUAGGUCUAGGCAAUCCUGGCAAGAAGUAUGAAGGUACCAGACACAGUGGUGCUGAAAUCUACAGUCUCCCAGGAAAAGUGGAUCGGUUUAAUGAGCACCAUGAUUUGGCUUCUGAGCUGCCGCAUCAAGGAAGCCAGUUUAAGAAUCGAGUCACUUUUGGACUUGGAAUGGGUGCUUUAAUGGGUGGAAUUGUAUUAUCAGGAGGAUGGGUUUUCACAUUGACUUUUUCGGCUGCAGUAUUUGUUGGUGCCAGGGAGUACUUUGAGCUGGUUCGGAGUCAAGGUAUGACUGCAGGGAUCACACCGCCUCCUAGAUAUGUCUCACGGAUUUGCUCCGUUGUUUGUGCGCUCAUGCCAAUAAUGACUAUGUUUGGUCGCAUGGGCCCCUCCGUGACAUCAUUUGCCUUUGUGGUAGCCAUUGCACUGAUUUUGCAGAGGGGAAAUCCUCGAUUUGCACAGCUGAGUAGUGCCAUAUUUGGGUUAUUUUAUUGUGGCUACCUUCCUUGUUUUUGGGUUAAACUGAGAUGUGGGUUGGCGGUUCCGGCCUUAUAUACCAAAAUAGGUGCUGCAUGGCCCAUUCUUCUUGGGGGCCAGGCCCAUUGGACUGUUGGUCUUGUUGCAACCUUGAUUUCUAUCAGCGGUGUGAUUGCAGCAGAUACAUGUGCGUAUCUUGGAGGAAAGAUGUUUGGUCGGACUCCACUCACUAACAUUAGUCCAAAGAAGACAUUAGAGGGAGCUUUUGCUGGCCUAAGUGGCUGUGUUGCCACGACGAUCAUCCUUUCUAGGAUUCUGUGUUGGCCAACAUCUCUACUAAGUGCAGCAGCUUUCGGGGUUCUGAAUUUCAUAGGGUCUCUAUUUGGGGAUCUUAUUGAGUCCAUGAUCAAGCGCGAUGCUGGUGUUAAGGACUCCGGAUCCCUUAUACCUGGUCAUGGCGGGCUACUUGACAGAGUGGAUAGCUACAUUUUCACUGGGGCACUUGUUUACUCCUUUGUCAAGACUGGUUUGCCAUUAUUUGGUGUAUGAAUCUAUUUAAUUAGUAAAUGCAGAAAUUUUGCUUCCGUUCUCUUGGGAUGCUCUCUUUCUAUUUUGUUGAAUUCAUUGUUUCCUUCUUUUAAUUUCAUGUAACAUGUGAAACAGUGUAAAAAAUAAUUGAGGCAUUUGCUUUUGCAUAGUUUUGUGUAUUUCA